AUGCUUAAGAAAGUUAAGAAGCGUCAAGGGAAUUCUGCUGGUAUGGUUGACAUGGUUAAUCAUCAAUUAGUCUCCUACCAUGAACUCGUUCGUGCUACCGAAAAUUUCAGUGAUGCUAACAUGUUGGGGUCUGGAAGCUUUGGGAAAGUUUUUAAGGGCCAGCUGAGCAAUGGUCCGGUGGUUGCCAUAAAAGUUAUACACAUGCAUAUGGAACAAGCUAUUGCAAGGUUUGAUGCAAAGUGUUGUGUGCUUCGAAUGGCUCGACAUCGCAACCUGAUAAAGAUAUUGAACACCUGCUCCAAUCUAGACUUCAGAGCACUGGUGCUUGAGUACAUGCCCAAUGGGAGCUUAGAGGAGCUCUUACACUCCAACGGAAGAAUACAAUUGCGGUUCAUAGAGAGGCUAGACAUCAUGCUACAUGUGUCUAUGGCAAUGGAGUAUCUACACCAUGAGCAUUGCAAGGUGGUCCUACACUGCGACUUGAAGCCUACCAACGUGCUAUUUGAUGAGGACAUGACUGCGCAUGUGGCGGAUUUUGGCAUUGCGACGAUUUUGCUUGGUGAUGAAAAUUCCAUGAGCUCCGCAAGCAUGCCUGGAACAAUUGGAUACAUGGCACCAAAGUAUGGCUCUGUUGGAAAAGCUUCACGGAAGAGCGACGUGUUUAGCUAUGGGAUCAUGCUGCUUGAAGUCUUUACUGGGAAGAGACCCACAGAUGCUAUGUUUGUUGGUGAACUGAGCCUCCGGCAUUGGGUCCAUCAGGCAUUUCCUGAAGGGCUUGUCCAGGUCGUGGAUGGUCGUAUUCUCCUUGAUGAUGCUACUGCUACCAGCAGCCUGAAUGGCUUUCUUGUGGCAGUGAUGGUGCUGGGUUUGCUCUGCUCGGCUGACUCGCCGGACCAAAGAAUGACAAUGAAGGAUGUGGUGGUGACACUAAAGAAGGUCAAGAAGGAUUACAUCAAGGUGGUCGCAAUGAGGCCGAGUGCUAUCGAGCACCCAGCAGUGAUCGAUUAG